UAUUUCUCAACAGUCCUUCACGCAGAAGCCAUUGCGUCUAAUCCCAUCCGUCUGUCACUUCUUCCGUUCGAGUGGUUCAACCCUCCCCAUGCAGGGUCUGCAGCUUCAAUAUCUUCCUGUUGCUCCAUCUCCUCCUCCUCUUGCUUUGAGGAGGAAGGCAUCCAAUUACCGUACUUGGAUUAAAUCCACCACCCUGCCGAUGCCUCGUACUUGGAUUAAAUCCACCUCCCGCCGUUCUCUGUAUGUCAUUCGUGGUCGUAGUGCUCUAACUAUCCCCAAUUCAGGAAGCUCUUGUCCACCUUGUGACUCAGGGAACUCCUCACCGUCUGGUGAAACCGAGCUGGAUCGGACAACUAAGAUUUACGAAUUUGUAUUGCCAAAAUUGGAGGAUUUUGUAACACACAUGGUUACGACUUGUUUCAUACUUUUAGCAGUUUGGUUCUAUUUGCAAAUGGGGCUGCCCCUUCCAUUUGUCACUGUAGGAAUAGUGAAGCUUACUUAUAUACUCCACUAUAUUCCAACAAUGGCGGGAAUUGUGACCUAUGUAUUGGUCAAUUGUGCUUAUGUUAAGCACCUGAAGAAUAAGAAAGGGUAAGGAAAAAGAAGAGGGGAAGCUUACCAACCAGUUUCGUCUUUGUCGUUUAUCCGGAAAAAGACGUAUCAGAGUGACAGCUCUUCUUUAUCCCUAGUCGAUUAGGUCUUUCAAGAUGUUGCCCUUUGUGGUACUGAAUACUAGAUUCAUCAUCUACUUCUUCAUCUAUUAUCCAUACCAACUUUCUUCAGUGACGGAUGUUAUGCAGGACAGUGGAGUUUU